CAGCGCUAGCCGCUUAGUCACCUGUAGGCCGUCAAUUUCCUCAUGUCAGCACUGUUCAACUUUCAAUCUCUACUUUUGGUCAUCUUGUUGAUGAUCUGCACUUGCACCUACGUCCGUGCAGUUGCCCCACGUCUAGUUGAUAGAAACAAGGCAGGAUUCCUCGGACUUUUCUUCAUGUCUGCGCGGAUAGGAGAACGCCUCUCGCCAUAUGUCGCAUUAGCAUGCGUGGCCAUGGCGGUGACAAUGAUCGCACAGUAAUCAUACAG